GUCUUACCCAUUGUGAUGGAUGACUAAGGGAAUUUGGCCUGUGUGUUACGUCAUAUUUAUACCCAUGUGAAACAUAGCUGAACAAUUUAAUGUUCCUUGUCACCCAGGUGUACUAAAUAAUGUAAAAUAUGAAUGGGAAUAUACUUCAGAUAUAUUUUACUCAUAAGAAUUUCAAGGGGUGCCAAUAAUUGUGGCAAACGUGUUUUGGAGAAAAUAUUUAUUUAAUUAUGAGAUUUUUUACCCCCUUUCAAUUAGUUUUCUUCAAUUAAAGGUUAGAUUUUUGUGAAUAUUUUGAAUGAAAGAUCAAAAGGAUAAACAAUAAAGACAUAUUUUUCACCUUUUCAUGAGCCUUCUUUUCUCAUAUUUACGAAGGGUGCAAAUAUUUUUGGCCACCACUGUAUGUGUAUAUAUAUAUAUAUAUAUAUAUAUAUAUAUAUAUAUGAGUUGUCAAAAUUAACUGCCAAAAUGUGAAGAGUGCAAAGUACCUUCUAUACAGUCCAAAACCACUGGAGCUUGCGCAUCAUUGAUGUGCUGUAUUAAAUGAAGCUACUAUUUAUUGUUCAAGUUUACUGAUGCUAUCUAUGUGCACCGUAUACUGCGUAAUGUCGACCAAACCGAUUCUUAUGGUGAUCGUAACUGUUCCAGAUUUACCCUCUCGCCUGGAUGGACAAAAAGAUUAACUUGAGUCCAUCGACCUUUUCCUUCCAAAUGUUCUUGAACUGCUGGUGAAUAUAAUUGUAGUUUAUUUGCAUGCCAUUAGGUUUGCCUUAAGAGUAUUUCCCUCAUUUGCAUCCUGCAUAACAAAUUAUCACAAGCCUUAUUUCAAAAUAAGCUAUUCAAAAUAUAUAUACAAUAGAUUUGGAUGGAAAACUGGUUUUGCAAAGAUCUUCAACUAUGGUGAUGUCACACCGGACAUGCAUUUGUGAUCCACUGAUGAGGAAAGGCUAUGGGAAGUGCAUUCUCCCUUCUAUGUCUAGCAUGUACUUCACAUAAGGGGGAUUGAAUGUGGCUGACUGAAAUCUGUGAGAACAAUACUAAGACUAAGACACUGUUUGAUCCUGAGUGAUUUUUAAAUAGACCGUAGUAUACAUUCAUACUCAUGGUCAAAAUAUUAUGCUAGUCAUUAAAAAGUAUUCCCAUAGUCAACCUACAUGCUGUGCAGUGAAUUUAGGCAUUUAAGAGUGUCAUCAAACAUGAAAUAAGUUGCAUAUCAGUUUGCUGAUAUAUGUGGGGCCCACAUAUGGAAUUAAUUUAUGAACAUAAUUUUUGAGUUGCGUCAUUAGGUUUAAAAUGACGAAAAUAAUGAUUGAAAUAAUGAUCUUGCCUCAUAUCUUUUUAAAAUCCAAACUAAAAUUAAUACUUAAAAUUUUUUACAUGCUGCUCUUAAAGGAGAACUUCAGCUGAGGGUUUACGUUUUAGGGCUCAGACCAGGAUAAGGAUAUCACUCUUUGAAUCCAGACAUUUGCACCAACUGAACAUUUUGGGCACUACUAAGCUUCUGUGCUCCAUUUGAAAUUUGCAUUCUGCCAAUGUUAAGAGCUUUACACAAACAUAAACUCUGUCAUUGUAAUGUUUACCUAUUUAGCCACCACACCAAAUUCAUGCAAUGGCAAACUUUUCCAAUUGAAGAGUUAUUUUGUACAUGUAGCAUGUAUUGUGCCCCUGAUGCCAUGGCUGCACUAUUCCUUGUGUUGUGGUUUAAACUAAUAAAAGAGUAUAUGGGAUGCCUUUUCAA